AUGCGCGCGCGCACGAACAGCGGCGGGCGCGCGACGGAAGUCAACGGCGCGGCGGACGUCAUGUCCGCGGCCGCGAUCCACCCUCGGUCGCGGUUCGGCGUCGGCGGCUCGCAGAGCUCGCGGAGGUACCAGCGAUUCAUCUCCGAGGACGAGGUUUCGUUUCGCGCGAGCGAGGAUGCGAAGACGACGCGCUGCGCGAUCGGCGCGUUCGUCCUCGCGUGCUUCUUCCUCGCGCUCGGCCUGUGGCUCAUCGUCACCGCGGACUACGGCGAGACGGAGCACAAACAGCUGGACGAGUACAACGCCGUCCUCUGCCGCCGCGCGAGCGCUCAAUUCGCCCGUUCCCCAUCACCGCCCCCUCCCCUCUCUAUAUCAGCCGUCGACGCGUGGACGCGCACGCACGCGGCGGCGUUCAACUCCACGUCGUUCGUCGUCCACUUCGGCGAACCGCACGUCGUGAACGCGACGUUACGCGACGCGGAGGAGCGCUCCAUCGCGCAUUCGGAAUCGCGCGCCGCGCGCUACGCGCCCGCGUACUUCGUCGCGGACAACGCGCUCGAAUCGGCCAUCAUCCCGUCCUGGAUCGCGGACGGGACGCUCCCCGAAGCCGCGCGGACGAUCCCCGCGGACGGAGGAACCGAGCACGUGACGUACGACGCGUCGAACGCGACGAAGGAGCUGAUGGUCGCCGUCGACGUCGUCGUCGUCGCGACGCGAGCGGAUGGCGCCGCGGACCGGAUCGAGCUGGGCGAACACGCGGUGCUGACGUCGCGGACGUUCCCCGCGGGGAGCUGGAAGCCGUGUAAGUAUCAGAUGAAAGGGCACUACGCCGCGGGGUCGUGCACGACGUACGACGCGCUGAAGGAGGUGUGCGUGAAGCUGCGGCGGGCCGGCGACGUCGGCGGCGGGAACGGCGGGAACGGCGGCGAAGGCGAAGGCGCGACGGCGCCGUCGGGCCCGUGGGUGCUCGACGAGACCUACGGCGGGCACGGGUGCGACCCGCGGCACGGCUGGAGACCGACGACGACGUCGCGCGUGCGCGCGCCGAACGACGGCUCCGCGCCGUCGUUGGCGGCGGUGCGCGCGGCGCGGCCGACGCGUGCGACGAUUCGGUCGUCGCGGGACCCGCACGUGAUCGCGAUGGCGAUGACGAACGGGACGAUGUUCUUCGCGGAGAGAGAGGCGGAGAUGAACGUCGCCGCGAUCGUGUGCUUGAUGAUCGGCGUCGUGUGCUUGGUCCCCGCGUGCGUGUUGGGCGGGUGGACGGCGCGGCGCGUCGCGAGGGAGCGGCUGCGCGCGGGCGCGCCGUUGUGGGGGGAUCCCGCGGGAGGCGGGUCGGGGUCCGGGUCCGGGUCCGGCUCGCGCGGGGGGAAGCAGAGGGUGUACGAGAUGGUGUAG